AUGGUCGACAGAAUCGAUUCCUGCUUCCCCGGUCGCGUCAUGGACCAGCCGAAGGAUGACGAUAGCUCGACUAUCUAUGUCUCGACCGACAACGGUUGGACGAACGACGACGACAGCGACGCUGGAAACCCCGUCGCGCCUGCUCUUCCGCCCCCAGUCCUUUCUCGCUCGGAGUCUCAGAACCUCAUCGACUUCGAUUCGUCUGACAAUGGCGAUCAUUCUGAAGGCAAUGGCCCGACAGGAAAAUUCGUCGAUGUCAUGGAUCAGAUUUCUUGCCAGCCUAGUACUGAUGGUCACUCCAUGGAGGUUCAGUUGCUUCCUCUCGAUCCUUCCUCUGAGGCUCAGAGUGACGGGAACCUCAUUCCCGCAGCGGCCGAGUUCACUCCCAGCAAUUCGUGUUCUUUCCCUCAGGAACAAGUAUCGCCAUUGAGCUCCUCUCGUUCGUCCUUUGCAGACGCUCUCCAGAGUCUAGACUCGUCGGACGACCAGCUGACGUCGCUUCAAGCCCGCGUCAAGCAGCUUGAGCAUGACUACGAGACUCUGAAGCGUGAGAACGACCGCCUCGACAACAUGAACGAGGUAUUGAAGUACAAUGCGAGCAAGAGCAAUGCUACCAUUGAGAGGCUCACGGCGCAGCUUUCUGAGGCUGAGCUCCUCAGAUGCCGAGCCCAGAGGUAUGCAUCAGAGAUCAGUGAGCGAGGCCAGAUGGACAAGGUAUCCUUGAACGACGUUGGCGAAGGUCUCAACUGCACCAAGGCGCAGCUGGAGAGCCUCCGAGCAAAGUAUGACAGGGUUGUUCAAAGCCAAGCGCCUCUCCAGAACCGACUUCAGGAGCUGCAGACAGGCCUUCUUAAUGCCGUGGAGCGCAACAAGACCUACGAAGCAUUUCUCCGCGGCUUUCUUGCUGACCAUCCCCAGCAUGUCGCUGCCUUUGAAGCCAUCGGCGUCUCUCCCUUCAACGCAGAACGGGACAGCAACUGUGUUGCUGGAAAUGUUGAAGCUGACCUCCUUAUUUCCUUCGAGGAGGUCUCACCGAGUCAGGCUGCACCUUCCAUGCCUCUCAAAAGCCACCUUGUAGAUGGCACAGACUCUUUGCUGGAGUCGCAACAACAACCUGCUCCACAAGCCGCACCCAUCAUGGUCAGCUGUCUCAAACCUGUCCAAAAGAAUUCACCGCAGGCUUCGCAGCAGCUUCUGCUACAGGCUCCAGUGCAGCCGGGCGUCCAGGAGGAUCUUCACUGCCCUGAGAUAUCAAAGCAGCCAGACACCUGCAACGUCGACGUUGACGAUCUGAAGUGGAGCAAAGACUGCGACGACAUUUGGUCAUCUCCUUUCCAGAAAGAACGGGCGCUGCGCAACCACCAAGGAGGCUCUGGGGCUCGGCAACGCUCCCAAACGCCGGGUAUGUUUCUCCACGGCAUUCGAUAUGUCCGAAAUCGAAGCGAUCAAACACUAAUCACCGGCGAUGGCAUCCCAGAGGUAGCUUCUCGUAUGGUCAUCAUGGCUGGCUUUCCUGACGAGGUCCACGUCCAGCGAGUCUUGGAGCAUGUUCGUGGCGGCCGGAUCCUGAGCGCCCACGUGGCCCCGAUGGGAACUGGCGACUUCACCUAUAAUCAAGCUUAUAUCGAGUUCACCACGGCGGAAGAUGCCUCGGCGUUCUACCGAUACGCUCGUUGCCGCAAGUUUGGGUUCAUCGGUCCAAAUGGCGACUCGGUCAGUGUCUACACCAGUAUUCCCAUCACAGACUCAUACCCCUUGAACGAGAUCAUGCAGGCCUCGAUUAACGAGGGUUGCACGCGCUGCCUUGUUGUCGCAGGAUUUCCAGUCGUACAUCUCGAGGCUGUCCUCAAAAAGGCGGGCUUGGCGUACAAUUUCGCUGAAGUCAUCACUCACUUCUCCUAUUCUGACGACGGUGACUUCGAAGUAUCGUUCUCCAGCCUCAAAUCGGCCAUUCUCGUUCGGCAAUACAUUCUCGGUUCAAGCCUCGGCACUAAUGGACGAAGCGUCACCUUUAGAUCCGACCCAUGCGACGGAUCUUUUGAAGAGCUUCAGGUAUCAUUCCUGCCAGUCUACCCGACAGUCGACUUGUCCAUUCUCGCCCCUGAGAACGCGCGACAUUUCAUGACUAUUGAAGAGCGAGAAAAGGAAGAGGAACGGCUUCAGGCGGUAAGGUUAGAAGGAUGCGACCCAAAUGACCCCGAAACCGACACUCUCAAGGAGAUGCUUGAUCGCAAAAGCAUUGUCUGGGAGAAGACGCCAGACUGGGAAAAAGCCGUCGAGUACGUCGCUUAUGACCCCGAUCAGCGAAAGGAGGUCCGGCAUCGCAGAGACCGCGAGUCUGGGGCCGUCCAAGUGUGGUACCACGGAGGAUGGGCCAUGACCCAGACCCAAUCCUGGAAGGCUUGGGAGCACCACAACAUCGACAGCCCCGAGCCGUAUACCCAGAAGACCGCAGACCUCCUGUAUAAAGUGACUGGCUGGGUUGACCGUCGCAAGGUGAAUCUUUACCUGAAAACCAAGACGGAGAAGGAGGAGCGUGGCGAGAACGGUACUGACAACGAUGUCGGCAGGUUGUCGUCGAUGACGGUGGACUCUACGGAGACGCUGAACAAUCUCUGA